CUCCGGCGGCAGCUGAUGCGCGCCCCGCCGGCCGGGAGGCGGGAGUCCGCGAGCCCGGAGCGGGAGCCGCCAAGGUCUAGCCGCUGGGCGCUGCGGGCCGGGGGCGUGAGGAGGCCACAGGACGGGCGUCUUCCCGGCGAGUGGAGCCUGGCGCGGGGCCCGCUGCGGCUGCACCGUGUGGGGAGUAGGCCGAGGAGGACGCGGCGCCGGCAGCCGGCGGGAGGAAGCGCUCUACCAGGGCCCCCGACGGCACUCGUUUAACCACAUCCGCGUCUCCGCUGGAAACGCUUGCUGGCGCCUGUCACCGGUUCCCUCCAUUUUGAAAGGGAAAAAGGCUCUCCCCACCCCUUCCCCUGCCCCUAGGAGCUGGAGCCGGAGGAGCCACGCUCAUGGCGUUCAGCCCGUGGCAGAUCCUGUCCCCCGUGCAGUGGGCGAAAUGGACGUGGUCUGCGGUACGCGGCGGGGCCGCUGGCGAGGACGAGGCCGGCGGGCCCGAGGGCGACCCCGAGGAGGAAGACUCGCAAGCCGAGACCAAAUCCUUGAGUUUCAGCUCGGAUUCUGAAGGUAAUUUUGAGACCCCUGAAGCUGAAACCCCGAUCCAAUCACCUUUCAAGGAGUCCUGUGAUCCAUCACUGGGAUUGGCAGGACCUGGGGCCAAAAGCCAAGAAUCACAAGAAGCUGAUGAAGAGCUUGUAGCAGAAGUGGUUGAAAAAUGUUCAUCUAAGACUUGUUCUAAACCUUCAGAAAAUGAAGUGCCACAGCAGGCCAUUGACUCUCACUCAGUCAAGAAUUUCAAAGAGGAGCCUGAACGUGAUUUUAGCAAAAUUUCCAUUGUGAGGCCAUUUUCAAUAGAAACGAGGGAUCCCACGGAUAUCUCGGCAGCCCUUGGAACAAAAGCAGCUUAUGGCUGUGUAACUGCGAUCUCAGGCAAGGCUCUGCCUUCCAGCCCGCCAGACACCCUCCAGGACGAGGCGAUGACGGAAGGCAGCAUGGGGGUCACCCUUGAGGCCUCCACAGAAGCCGAUCUAAAAGCUGGUAACUCCUGUCCAGAGCCUGUGCCCAGCAGAAGAAGCAAGCUGAGAAAGCCCAAGCCUGUCCCCCUGAGGAAGAAAGCAAUUGGAGGAGAGUUCUCAGACACCGACGCUGCUGUGGAGGGUACACCUCUCCCCAAAGCAUCCUACCACUUCAGUCCCGAAGAGCUGGAUGAGAACACAAGUCCUUCGCUAGGAGGUGCCAGGUUCCAGAAGUCUCCCCCUGACCUUAAAGAAACUCCCGGCACUCUCAGUAGUGACACAAACGACUCAGGGGUUGAGCUGGGGGAGGAGUCCAGGAGCUUACCUCUCAAGCUUGAGUUUGAUUUCACAGAAGAUAUGGGAAACAUAGAGGCCAGGAAAGCCCUUCCAAGGAAGCUUGGCAGGAAACCGGGUAGCAAACUGAUUCCCAAGAUGCAAAAAGAUGGCAUCAGUAAGUCAGCAGGUUUAGAACAGCCUACAGACCCAGAGGCACGUGACGGGCCUCUCUCCCAAACAUCUUCCAAGCUAUAUCCUAGUCAGUGGGAAAACACCAGCUUCAACCCCUUUGGGAGCCACUCUAUUCUGCAGAACUCCCCAUCCUUGUCUUCUGAGGGUUCCUACCACUUUGACCCAGAUAACUUUGACGAAUCUGUGGAUCCCUUUAAACCAACUGCGACCUUAACAAGCAGUGACUUUUGUUCUCCCACUGGUAAUCAUGUUAAUGAAAUCUUAGAAUCACCCAAGAAGGCAAAGUCGCGUUUAAUAACGAGUGGCUGUAAGGUGAAGAAGCAUGAAACUCAGUCUCUCGCUUUGGAUGCAUGUUCCCAGGAUGAAGGAGCAGUGAUCUCCCAGAUUUCAGACAUUUCUAAUAGGGAUGGCCAUGCUACCGAUGAGGAGAAACUGGCAUCCACGUCAUGUGGUCAGAAAUCAGCUGGGGCCGAGGUGAAAGGUGAGCCAGAGGAAGACCUGGAGUACUUUGAAUGUUCCAAUGUUCCCGUGUCUACCAUAAAUCAUGCGUUUUCAUCCUCAGAAGCAGGCAUAGAGAAGGAGACGUGCCAGAAGAUGGAAGAAGACGGGUCCACUGUGCUUGGGCUGCUGGAGUCCUCUGCAGAGAAGGCUGCUGUGUCAGUGUCCUGUGGAGGUGAGAGCCCCCUGGAUGGGAUUUGCCUCAGCGAAUCAGACAAGACAGCCGUGCUCACCUUAAUAAGAGAAGAGAUAAUCACUAAAGAGAUUGAAGCAAAUGAAUGGAAGAAGAAAUAUGAAGAGACCCGGCAAGAAGUUUUGGAGAUGAGAAAAGAGAGUUAUGAGCCAUGAAAUGACUAAAGAUGAAAUCAAAGUAGAGGAGAAGAAAAGGCAUAAAUAAUUCACACACUGUGUGGUCAACACUUGAAUGAUUAAAAAACAUUUUAAAUAUAUCCCUCUAAUUUGUUGCUCUUGUAUUAUUUGUCUUUUAAGCAUUUCCUGGGUGUAAGGCCCUUUGCUGGGCUUGAUGGAAAGGAAGGGACAUUCCUGCUCUGAGAGAGUGGUAGCCAUACAUAAUAACCAACUUGGAUAUGACGUCAAAAGUGAUGGGGGCACCACUAUGGAGGGCAGGGGAGGACGUGAUGUGGCUCACAGAGCACCCAGCACUGGACUGGGUCAGAAGGACAUUGUCACUCUUCACUAGAGGAAAGGUUAACCCAAGAGGAUGAUCUUUAAAGUCUUCGAAUAAGUGAAAUACUUUCGGAAUUAGGUCACAAAAUAAAACUUGUAACUGAAUCAGAGGUAGAGUGUCUGAAAGGGUGGAUUGAGGUCAGGAAAGCCUAAGGUCAGAUCGCAUCUCUUAGGAAGAGCCCAGAAGAAUAUCUUUAACUUAGUUUGUAAAAGAUUGACUCGUCUAAGCAAAAUGAAUCUAUUUCCUUGCGAUAUUCAAAUAGGUACAAAGAGAAAGGGAAGGCAGUUGUUUCUAUAAGUAAAAUGUAAGUUUGACUAAGCAUAAAAUCUUAACAGAAACCUUUUUUGAACCUUAAGAAACCUUAUAUAAUGUAAAAAAAAAAAAAAAAAGAGAGAGAGAGAUAACAAGAGCC